AGACCGGGUUGAAGUCCCGUGACCACAUUUAACUACAAAUACUCAGAUGUAAUCCAAGACCAGAUGAUACUGUGAGGAUCUGAGAAUAAAAAAAUACUCAGACAUAAUCCAAGACCAGGAAAUACUGUGAGGAUCUAGGUUUUGAGAGUGACAGAAUGGGCGCCCAAGACAGUAAAGAGGAACGAUGUAAACCUGACAGUUCAAUAAUGACAAAAAUGAAACACUUAAGGUGACGAAUCAUGUGACUGUUUAUUAUACUGGUGCAAAAACCAUGGCUUUCCUGAUGGAGGUUCCUUCAGCGAAAACCAGAUCAGAAAGUUAAGGGAAAGUUUACAGAAAGAAAAAGAUAAGUUGAUGAAAGGGAAAAAGAUGAAGGUAUCAGACAUGAAAUUCAUCGACAAAAAUGAAAAAUGUCUUAAAAUGUGGGAAGCUGAAUGUGAACGUAGGGGAAGAAAGCAGGCUCAAAAAUCUAUGACAAUGUUAAAUGUCAGUGAGGAAGUGGACACAGAAACACAGAAAAAACGACAGUCUAAACCCAACAGCACAAGCUCUUGUCUCUAUCCAUCUUUCACAGGAAGUAGGACUCUGGUUGACGACACGCUUGACGUCUGCCCUCCUCCCCCAUACCAACCAGCCCAUCAACCACCUCCGGCAACAGGGCCCCAACCCCCAGCUCCACCCCUCCUACAACCGCUCGCCUUUCAAGCUCCACCUCAAGUCCCGCUCCUGGUUCCAGCUCCACUCUACCCAGCUCUGAGCCACACCUCCACGCCAGUGAAGGAAGAAGGAGGUGCUACCAGACAGGAAGACAAGUCCUGGCUCACUGACCUGACCUCAUCCCUCUCAGGGCUUUUGAGUCCCCCUGUCUCUGCUCACACCAGGAGCCACGGGAAGGUCCAGACCCUCUACCAAGGUGCUCAUCAAAAUAACAUGCCUGUUCCUAUUCUGCCUAUGGUUCAGGUUAUGGGAAACCAGAGCCGUACCCAGCGGCCAACAUGACCCCUUAUGAAGGUCUCCUGAAACAACAGUUCCAGAAUGGACUCCAGACUGAAGUGGCGAAUGCAGUAAAGGACUCAUGUAUAGGUGUUCUGGACCCAGCCACUAGACUCACUGAAGUGGUAAGGCAUGAAAAACACGCCCACACUCGCCUGGCAGGAAACAGGCAAAUUAACCCUGACAAAAAUGUGUGUUACCAUAGCAAUGAAUAUGGACAUUGGGCUCGAGACUGUCCCCACAGGAGCAGACAGUUUUGCUACAGAGGAAGAGGAAGAGGGUGUGGAUUUUACAGCGGACAAGGGCGUGGACACCAGCCGUGUCUAGCUAAAGCCAGCCUGACCUUAUGUUUGUGGUCACACGGUGACCACACUUCCUUUUACCGUUGUCGCACCCGGUAUCUGCUACACUCGCUGUGUUAGAUAUGUGUAAAAGUUCAUCCAAUACACACCAAUGUAACUACAAGUGAACGCCGAGUUCCUGUUUAAUGCCUAGGAAAUGUCUGUAAUACCAUUAUAAAAAGCCAGAGAGAUUUCACUCUUGUGAGAUACUCAUAGGAUGUCAUUUUGAUACAUACUUGGCUGUCUCCUGAUUGCAAUCAAUAAAUGCUUUUGUAAGACAACGGACCACCUGAACCUCUUCA